UCGAGGUAGUACGUACCCAGCUGCACCUUAAUCCGCCUAGCGGAUGCAUUUGGGGGGGCGAAGAAGAGAUCGAAGCACAGUACACCGUCACGAGUGGUGCAUCACUGAUGGUGCACGGUGCUAGGGACGAACCGAAGUGAAUCUCUCAUCAUGAGCGAAACGGACUUGGCCGUUCUGGUGAAUCAUGUGGUGGUGUACGCGAUGCAGUACGUGUUGCUUUAUUGUUUUGUCUGGUCCGAAGUGAUUUAUAUCCAUCGCCAUGGGGGACGGUUGGAUCAACGGACCCAUUACCACCAAAAUGGGCAAACAGCGAGCCCAUCAUCGGCGCAUCAUUGGUUGACCGGCACCCUCCACGUCACGGGUGUACUGGCGGUUUGUCUGGCGGUAUGUCGCGUCAUCUACGAUUCGGUCGGCCAGUGGCGUUCCAUUAUCGAAGUUAUCUCGCUGGUGAUUGUGUUCGGCCUUCAGAUGUACUCGCACCGGCAGCAGGUGGAUCAGGUUUAUUUGUUUUCCUUCUGGACACUCCGUCUGCUGGCCCUCUCGAUGGAGAUCACCGACCGGUGGGAUAUUUACCACAUUCUCCACACCACGCUAGCCAGCUGCUGGCUAACGGUAUCCUGUCUAAUGAUCUUCUGGCGGCACGAUCAAGCCGAUCGGACGGAACAGCUGGAACCGAAUCUCAUUCGACGGUUGUACUUCUCCCGGAUGGAUCCAGUGUAUCGAGCGGCGCAGCGCAGUGACUGCACGUUCCAUGAAGGAAAGCUAUCCAACGCACUGCCAGAAGAUCGCCGUUGCCAAUCACUGCUCGAUUGGUUUCGAAACCGAACGCCAAGGCAACAGUAUGUGCCACCCAGUGAGCAGGUUGACCGUGGGCUCACGGUCACUCAGCUCCUGCAACCCUUCCGGAAGGAUAUUCUCUCCAGUGGCGUUAACAGACUGGCACUGGUUACGUUCUACUUUCUCUGCCCGUACCUGUUGAGAGUGCUGCUCGAGCCAAAUCAGUCACAGAAGGUACAACGGUGGACGGUGGCCUGUAUGCUCUUUACCUCGCUGAUGAUCGCGAUACUGAACACCCAGUACCAGCACAGCACGCGUGACAUCGGACUGCGCAUUAAAUCCAUCCUGAUGGGCAUGAUCUACGAGAGUAUGACGGACAGGAUUCCGUCGGAAAAAUCCUCCAGUGCCGUACUGACAAGCGAUACCAGUGUGUUUGUGUCGUUUAUGCAGGACCUCCACAUGCUGUGGUCGGGACCAUUGACAAUCAUCAUAACGAUAAGUGCCCUCUACCUGGAAAUAGGGGCCAGUGCGGUGGUCGGCUUGGUGCUGAUGGGUUUCACCAUUUGGCUCACCGAUUUUCUCUCCAGCAAGCUGUCCGGUUUACAGAAGCAAACGAAACACUGCCAGGACGCACGCGUCCGGUUGACGACCGAAGCGAUCGCGCAUGCUCAACAGAUCAAAACGGAACAGUUGGAAUCGUUCUUCGAGCGUCGCAUCGGUGACCACCGGAAGCAGGAGUUGUCGUACAUUCUGCGCGCCAUAUGGUUCGAAGCGACGAAGCAGCUGUUGAGCAUUGGUACGCCAACGUUUGUGGCGUUCGCGACAUUCAUCGUCAUGGAGCUUGUAGGCGAUGCAUCGCUACUGACCGUCCAGUCCAUGUUUGUCGCCAUCUCCCUGUUUAACCUUACGCGCUAUCCAAUGACAAUGAUUCCGACGCUGUGUACCAGCUGGAACAACGUCAAAGUAUCGCUGGAACGAAUCAAUGUGUUUCUUCGAGCCGGUAAUCCUCCAGAAGUGGAGAUCGUUGAAGUACAGAAUGGACCAGUGAGAACGUCUCAGGAGCGCAUUCGACUUGUGUCGCAAGAACUAACGAAUCUUCUGGUGGAAACGACCGCCAACAAUGAACCGAAAGCGCUAUCAAUCGAGCAACUCAACUACUGCAUCGGUGACAGGCAGAUUCUGCGCGAUGUCACCCUGGAUGUGGAGGCUGGAAGCUUCACCGCCAUUGAUGGUAAAGAGGGGACAGGUAAAAGCAUGCUCUUGCGUGCUAUUCUUGGUGCGCUUCCUGAUGUAACGGGUAAACGUACCCUGAAUGCCGCACGGAUCUCCUACUGUUCUCAGAUGCCCUGGAUCCUGCAUGACACGAUAAGAAACAAUAUUCUGUUCGGUGAACCGUACAACCACGAGCGAUACGAGGAAGUGAUCAGAGCAUGCUGCCUCGUGGAUGACUUCAGUAGCUUCCCCGAUGGUGACGAACGUAUCGUUGGUGAGGGUGGUCAAUCCCUCUCGGGUGGACAGGCCCAUCGCGUUGCGAUCGCCCGCGCCAUCUAUCACCGUGCUGAUCUGUAUCUAUUCGAUGAUCCACUUCGAUCGCUCGAUACGAACAUCGCUGAUGAGCUGUUUGAGCUUGUUUUCGAUCGUCAACGGGGUUUGUUAGCUGGCAAGACGUGCUUGUUCGUGUCGCAUAAUGCGGAUCACAUACAGAGAGCGGCCGAUAGGAUCGUUCGAAUGUCACGCGGUACGAUCGAGCGGAUCGAACAGCCUGAGAGUCGCCAGUUACAGUGCAAACCAGAACCGGUGCCGGAUGUGGUACUACAAUCAACUCAAAAACCAACACUGAAACGUAACAAAACCACAACCAACAUGUUGCCACCUCGGCAACCAACGCAACCUAAACAGCAAACGAAACGGAACAAAGAAUGCAAUCGGCAAGGUAACGUACCACUCGAGCUUUAUCGCAAGUUUUGGAAUCUUUUCGGGUACUUUUGGAGUGUGGCAGUGAUCGCGCUGGAGACACUGGUUACUGGACUCGAUAUCUACAUCACGGUACUGUUGGCCGAGUGGGCCUCAACGGGACCAGCAAAGGAACCACGCAUUCUCUAUCUCGUUGCGCUAAUCGUGAUCGUUUGGUCGCUGUUUUUGUUCUCGAAAACGGGAUUGAUACAUGUCCGCGGACGUACGACAUCCAAGUUUGUCCAUGCGCGCAUGCUUGCCACCAUCCUGCGCCAACCGAUGCAAUUCUUCGACCGGACCGAUUCCGGUGUCAUUGUGAACCGAUUCUCGAACGAUUUGGACACGCUGGACAGCAAGAUCACUGGCAACAUGCGUGCAGUGCUAGCGGCUCUCUUCGGUGUACUUGGCACGCUCGCGUUGUUUGUGUACAAGCUGAGCAGUACCGGUGUGCUGUACACUGUACUGUUGAUGUUGGGAGUGGCCGGGCUCAUGUGUGGUCUAUGCUACCUGUUGCGCUAUCAUCUGCGCGUUGCGCACACUUUGAAACGCUUCGAAGCCAGCUCACGAUCACCACUCGUGCUGCAGUACAACGAGACGGUGCAGGGUAUCGACACGAUCAAGGCAUACGCGGCCGAGGAACGCUUCCGUCGACAGUUCCUCGAGAAGGUAGAUGUGCAUCAAAACUACGUCUACGAGAGCUUGUCGGCGAGCCGAUGGAUCGGAAUCCGGCUGGAGUUUGUCGGUGUGAUCAUCAUCUACUACGUUGCGCUGCUGACAGUAAGCUACCGAUCGCUCGUUGGUUUGGCCUUCGUGGGUAUCAUCGUCAGCUACGUGUUCCGGUUGAUACCUUCCCUCAACGCUCUGCUCCUGCAGGUAGGAUUGCUCGAGGAGAACAUCAUCUCUAUCGAGCGCAUCUCGCAGUAUAUGGAACUGCCCCAGGAAUCUCUUGACAAAGGAACAGCUGUUUUUCCCAUCAAUGGUCAAAGGGGAGCAAUCGAGUAUCGAAAUUUCUCACUCACGCACUCGGACGGUUCAACGGUUCUUCAGGAGAUCACGCUGACGGUACCGGCCGGUGAGAAGCUGGGCAUCAUCGGUCGUACGGGCGCUGGCAAAUCAAGCUUGAUCGGAGCACUUUUCCGAUUCUAUCCAGAGCACACGUCGGGAACCAUACUCUUUGACGGUACGAAGCUGGAAGAAGUUUCUCUCAACCAUCUUCGUGGCUCACUAACACUUGUGCCACAAAACACUACACUGUUCUCGGGACAGGUGCAAAGUUUUGUUGAUCCUAAGAACAGCAACCCCAAGGAAAGGAUCAUCCAAACUUUGCGACGAUGUGGUCUUGGUCGAGUGACGCUUGGAACCGCUCUGGAGGAACUGUCCGUGGGAGAGCGUCAGCUGUUGUGCUUGGUACGAGGGUUGCUGCGCGAUACGCCGAUCAUUAUAUUGGAUGAGGCAACAUCGGCCGUGGACAGUGCGACGGAAGCCGUCAUUCUGCAGGUGAUUCGAGAGCAUUUCCACGAUCGUACCGUGCUGAUGAUUGCUCAUAGGCUUCACACCAUCCAAGACUGUGACAGAGUUCUCUGGCUAGCCAAUGGGCGCAUCCGUAAGCUGGCCGCGCCCUCCGAUUACACUGAUGCUGAUUGGAAUGCUUUGGAAUGUGGUGAAUAGUCGUGGACGAUUGGAUGGGUUCAGCAGAGGGCAACGUGUACUUACUAAUCGUUAUUCUAAAAUACGAACGAACGUGUUUAGUGCAUACACUUAUACUCAAAGUGUUACAUUUUUUUACGCAACAAGACUAUAUGAAAUCAUUCAAUUAAGAAAACUAUCCAUUCUUAUUGUUAUCUGAAUGUCAUAAUAAAAAAAGUAUUUAUAAACCAUA